AAAUUAUACACAUGUACAAACAACAGGGUAUGUGUAAGUACUAAGUACUUGUCUCCAUUUCACUUCAACUGCUGCUUUGAGUUCCAGGGUUUAUGAAUUGAACUUCACUUAUCAUCUUCAGCUCUAAGAUUAAUGGGUGUGAUUGAUAUAUGUAAAGGCUCAACUUGCUUGAUUAAACCCCAAAUUAAGCUCACUUUUGGUCAUUCAGAUAGGCCCAAUUGUUGUUCUUUUGAAAGGAGUCAGAAGAGUAGUUGGGUUUCUUGUAUGGCAUCUACUGUGCCAUUGAAUGAUGUGAAAGAGGGACAGAAGCAGCAUUUGACUGGGGAUUCUUUUAUUCGACCCCAUCUUCGGAAAUUGUCCCCUUAUCAGUCUAUUUUGCCUUUUGAGGUUUUGUCAACUCGUCUUGGUCGAAAGCCGGAAGAUAUUAUAAAGUUGGAUGCAAAUGAAAAUCCAUAUGGCCCACCUCCUGAGGUUUUCGAGGCUUUGGGGGCAAUGAAGUUCCCUUAUAUAUAUCCAGAUCCUGAAAGUCGUAGAUUACGUGCUGCUCUUGCUGAGGAUUCUGGCCUUGAGGAUAAAUAUAUUCUUGUAGGCUGUGGAGCAGAUGAGCUCAUAGAUUUAAUAAUGAGAUGCGUAUUGGAGCCAGGUGACAAAAUUGUUGACUGUCCUCCGACGUUUACCAUGUAUGAAUUUGAUGCAGCUGUUAAUGGUGCACUUGUGAUCAAGGUACCAAGAAAGUCAGAUUUUAGCUUGGAUGUAGAAAUGAUUGCUAAAGUUGUCGAGCAGGAGAAGCCAAAGUGCAUUUUUCUAACUUCUCCUAAUAACCCAGAUGGAAGUGUAAUCCAUGAUGAUGCUCUCUUGAAGAUACUUCAUCUGCCUAUUCUGGUUGUAUUGGAUGAAGCAUACAUUGAAUUCUCAGGAAUGGAUUCGAGAAUGCAGUGGGUGAAGAACCACGAGAAUCUAAUUAUCCUCCGGACAUUUAGCAAAAGAGCUGCUUUGGCUGGACUUCGUGUUGGAUAUGGAGCAUUUCCACUCAGCAUUAUAGAGUACCUUUGGAGAGCCAAACAACCAUAUAACGUGUCUGUUGCUGCUGAAGUAUCUGCAUGUGCAGCAUUAAGUAAUCCAACAUAUUUGGAGACUGUUAAAGUGGCUUUGUUGCAAGAAAGAGAGAGGCUAUUCAAUCUAUUAGAAAAAGUGCCGUUUCUCAAUCCAUAUCCAAGUCAUUCAAAUUUCAUUCUUUGCGAGGUUACUGGGGGAAAGGAUGCUAAGAAGCUUAAGGAAGACCUCUCCAAAAUGGGUGUGAUGAUUCGCCACUACAAUAACAAAGAAUUGAGCGGUUAUGUUCGUGUCUCUGUUGGUAAGCCCGAACAAACCGAUGUACUAAUGAACUGCCUCAACACCAUGUCUUGAUUCAAAACUGAACCCGAGGCUCAUUCUUGGAAAUAGAUGGAUUGUGCUGAACAAAUUAUUUUCACAAUCAUGUAUGUUCCAAGUUUACAAUAAUGUAGUUUACGACAGAAGACAUGGUAUUGAAGGUUUUUCGAGAAGUCCAGCAUUAGUGUACACUGGUACGGAGAACUGAAGAAAAUUUCGAGUAUCUACUCAUAUCAGCUUUUAAUUAUGAACGAAUGUCUAAUACUGUAUCAAUUGUCAGAUUCCGACCAUUGCUAGUUGUAUUUUUAUGACAAUAAUUGAUGAUUAGUAAGUAGAUAACAGAAGAU